GAUGAUAAUCAGCACAUUUUACCCCACAUGCAAAGGAGACAAUAUUCACAUUUUCUGUUGAUAUGGUAGCUAAAGGCAUUUUCACAAUGUUUACACCUAAUGUUACAGUUGGAUCGACCCAUAGAAAUAUAAUUACUGUGGUACCAGUAGCACAUAUUCUUUUGUUAUGCUUCAGUGUCAAUCAAGUAAGUCUGACCUAAAAUAGGCCUUACAUGUGUUAGUACCUAUUUUACCCUUACAUUUGGCUUUAGUAGAUUAGCCUUCUCUAUAGUAUACUUUAACAAAUAAGGCUUAAAUGUGUAGUCAUGAUUUUGCCACGGUCAACAAAACAAGCUAUUGAUUAUUUUAAAAUAUGAAUACUGUCUCCCUGCCCAAGUCUAUUGUGAUGGUUUCUGAUUUUGUGAAUCAGCAUCUUGACUUUGCAUGCCUUUUAACACCAGUAAUACUUUACGUUUAUUUUCUUACCACAAUUUAUUUGUAAGAUUUAUUUCAAGAUUUCAUUUCUAUUAUACAUUUAGUUAAUGAUUUCACCAGUAUGAGUAUUUUUCCCCUCAUAAAAUUCAAACCAUUCAAAUACAAACAUCUCCAUUCAGCUGGCACAAAAAAAUAUAUAGGACAUUUAACAUGAGGCUAAACUAGUAGAAUUUUUUUUGCUUCAGUUUUACUUGGGAGUCCAUAUUACUAAGCAGUGUGACUCCCUGUUUGCUUCAGGGCGAGAUGUGUGACAGAGGUGGCAUCGAACUCUUACAGUCCAAGAAGGAAAAUGGGUGAAGAUCACUGGACUGACAUCAACCACAGGAUCUCUUUUAGCGGCUGUGGGCCAAGCAUGGUCUCAGUGGGCUUAGGAACAGAUAGUGGAUGAGAUAAAGUCCUCUAGUGCUAAUGGACACGAAGAGCGCAGUAGUAAGAAGAAAAAGAGGAGCCACAUUAUGAGUAGUCGGAGCCCGAGCUCUGACAAGUGCAAGAGCAAAGUUGGGAAGAAGAGCCAGGAUCGGAAAAGGAGCAAGAGUCCGGAGAAGAAACGGAGCCGCAGUAAAGAGCGCCGGCGCAGUGCUUCCCGUAGCAGGGAACAUGCUGGACGCUACAGAGGACGCCGGAGCCCCUUUCGGAAACACUCAAGAAGUCGUAGCCCCUUCAAGAAAGACAAGAGUCCAGUAAGGAAACCAAUUGACAACCUGACCCCAGAGGAGAGGGAUACCCGCACUGUUUUUUGUAUGCAGCUGGCAGCCAGAAUCAAACCACGAGACCUGGAGGACUUCUUCUCAGCCGUGGGGAAAGUGAGAGACGUGAGGAUGAUCUCUGACAGAAACUCCAGGAAGUCAAAGGGCAUUGCCUACAUUGAGUUUCUGGAAGUGAAUUCAGUCCCGCUGGCUAUUGGCUUAACUGGUCAGAGACUUCUAGGAGUUCCCAUCAUCGUACAGGCCCCUCAGGCUGAGAAGAACAGAGCUGCAGCAAUGGCCCACAACCUUCAGAAGGGUAAUGCUGGCCCUAUGCGGCUGUAUGUGGGCUCUCUGCACUUCAACAUCACAGAGGAGAUGCUGCGAGGUGUCUUCGAGCCUUUCGGAAGGAUUGAGAGCAUACAACUGAUGAAUGACAGUGAAACUGGACGAUCCAAAGGAUAUGGUUUCAUCUCAUUUGCAGAUGCAGAGUGCGCUAAGAAGGCCAUGGAGCAGCUGAAUGGCUUUGAGCUGGCCGGACGGCCCAUGAAGGUUGGUCACGUGACGGAACGCACCGACCCCUCCAACGCCAGCUCCUUCCUGGACAACGACGAGCUGGAGAGGACAGGCAUUGACCUGGGCACCACCGGGCGCCUGCAGCUCAUGGCCCGGCUGGCAGAGGGUACUGGUCUUCAGAUCCCCCCGGCUGCACAGCAGGCUCUACAGAUGAGUGGAUCCAUCCACUCGACUCAAAUCCACUUCGUCAACAUGGCAGCUGGUACAGCUCCUGCCACCCAUUCACUGAACCUGGCUCCAAGCAGGAACCAAGCCAUGAACCUCUCAACGCAGCCACUGGCUACUCUCUGCCUACAGCUGUCCAACAUGUUCAACCCACAGUUGGAAAAUGAACCCGGCUGGGAUGUUGAGAUUCAAGAUGACGUCAUUGAGGAGUGCAACAAACACGGUGGAAUUGUCCACAUAUACCUCGACAAGGACUCCCCUCAGGGCAAAGUGUACAUAAAAUGCCCCACAAUCCCAACAGCAAUGGCUGCAGUGAAUGCGCUACAUGGGCGGUGGUUUGCAGGUAAAAUGAUCACUGCAGCGUACGUACCUUUCCCGACCUACCAUAACCUUUUCCCUGAUUCGUUAACGGCAGCCCAGUUAUUGAUGCCUGUGCGGCAAUGAUUCUACCAUGCAUGGAGUAGAUGUCACAAUGCCCGUUGGCUUCAAUAAUGUACAUCAUUUUUGCCAAUAUGUUGGGAUCUUAUUGAACGCAGUAGCAAAUUACUGUACCAGUUCCACCCUAUCUUCAUCACGCAAUGUUUUCUUGUUCAGUCUGACAGCUAUUAGAGGCUAAGCUUGAGUUCCUCUGUAGCCACACAUUUCUGUAGCUGCACUUGAGCAAAUUACGUUGUUUCAACCUGCAUUGUGAAAAUACUACCUUUUGGGGUUUUGGUGGGGGAGGGGAACGUAGGGUACGGAGUUGUUUUACAGUGGGAAGUCUGCGUAUAUUUCUGUUGAAACUGACCCCAGAAGAACGACCCCUUUUUGGACAGCCCAACCAAAUUAACCUGUGACUCGAAUUGCAGUUUGCCCUAUGCUGUCAUCCCAUUAGGGCAUUUAUAUUGUACAUUUAGUCAUUCAGUUGUGCUUUAGAAAUGUUCAUUUGCCAUGUACGUUUUUUUUGUCAGUUAAUGUGUUAAAUAAAAAAACGAUGCCUACAAA